AUGGAGGUGGAUACCUUCGACUUGGCUUUGCAACACAAAGCAGGCCGCUGGAGGAGCCGAAUUGCUCGGCAAUUGCGAGUCGUGCGAAAGGCAAGCAGGCGGUCGUUUUCGGCAAGGAGGCGCUCUCCUUGCCUUUCUACAGGCUGCUGCGACCUGCGCGCCGGGGCUUGCCGUUGGACAUGGCGCAUCAGGCAUCCAUUUGGGAGGCCGCCCUUGCGCGCACCGCCGCCAGGUCUUUUCGAUGGGGAGCGCCCGUCGAAUGCAAAGGUGGUUGUAAUCUUGCCGCCGCUGACACCAGCCUUUGUCAAGGACGAUGUGCUGCGGAUGCUGGUGGAGCAGAUGGGAUUUGCCCAGGCUGCGGCAAUCGAGUCAGGAUCUGUGGCACUGCAAAGUCCAGGCCUUGUCGCGCUACUACAGCAGAAUCCCUCACCGUGUCGUGGGACAGGAAAUUAA